AUGGCUAGCUUGACGAGCUAUAUCUCCUACAAUCGUGGAGUUUCGUUUGAUACCUUCGACAACCGAGAUGCGACCGAAUAUUCGUUGACCUUAAAUUACAAACACAAGGAUUAUAGGAAUACGCGCCGCAGUCGGACAUUUCUCUGUGGCACAGACCAGAACGAUUAUUCCGAUUUUGCUCUGGAAUGGCUGAUCGAUGAGCUAGUUGACGAUGGAGAUGAGGUUGUGUGUUUACGGGUUGUAGACAAGGACUCCAAGAUUGCGAGUGACUCCGGCGUGGAAGAAGGUAGAUAUAGGCAGGAAGCAGAGAAGCUACUCUCACAGGUGAUUGCAAAGAAUAGGCAGGAUGAGAAGGCCAUUAGUUUGGUCAUGGAACUGGCAGUGGGUAAAGUUCAAGAGAUCAUUCAGCGGAUGAUUCAAAUAUAUGAGCCAGCAGUGCUUAUUGUGGGCACCCGAGGUCGUAGCCUUAAGGGGAUGCAGGGUCUACUCCCCGGCUCUGUAUCUAAAUACUGUCUGCAGCAAUCGCCCAUUCCCGUCAUCGUUGUUAGGCCUUCGAGUAAGCGGGAAAAGAAAAAGCAGAAACGACUAGCCGCUGACCCUGCUAGAAAGAGCUACAACCACUUUUUGAAGAUGAGUGAGGCUCGUGGAGGCUUGACUAUUGAUUCUUCGCCCAGUGGGAACAGUAGCACGUCUAAACUUCCGGGAGAAGAGGGAGAGACAGGUGAAGCUUCUACAGUAGCUCAUACUAUCAAAGCUUCUUCUACCAACGGAGAUACGGAGGAUCACGAUCACGAUUCUCAGUCCUCCGUACCGAAAGACGCUGGCGUUGAUAAUGAUGAUCCAACGGGAACUAGAAGUAACUCUACAGUCACCAACCCUGAAUCGCCAAGUACUGAACUUUCCGGAGGAGCUCUAAAGAGCCCGUCCUUGCCCGUCAUGGAGAGCCCUAACCUGAGUGCUAAUGAUGAUGAUGAGGACGAAGCCGAAGAGGAAGACGAGGAUGAUGCCGGUGAAGGUGAUGUUACCUAUACAGAUGCAAGUUCUCGGUUAACUGCUGCGACCUCGGUCACCGAUACCUGCACGGGUGACUUAGCGGAGGAAGAGGCGGCAUCAGCCACUCUGCCCAACACUAUGUUAGCUGCAGAAACAGAAACUGCAGAUCCCGCAGAGAAUGGUAAUCACAAUGCUGAAAAGGUCCCAGACGAUAGCAAUAUUCGCUUAUCCGGUAAUGAAGCUGUCGACACCUCGCAUCUCGGCUCUCCCAAAGACGCAACUGCUGCCACGUCUCCAGCCACUGUCGAACAGCCAGAUGAUAAAGCUUGA